AUGCGCAUCGUAUUCACUGGCGGCUCCGGCAAAGCGGGGCGGCACUGCAUCCCCUACCUCCUCGCUCAAGGUCAUCAAGUCCUCAACCUUGACCUUGUCCCCCUCGACAACCCUGACGUCUACACCCUCAAAGUAGACCUCACCCAAUCCGGCCAAGUCUUCAACGCCCUCUCCUCCCACUUCAACAUGUCGGAAUACUCCCUCCCCUCCCUCCCUCCCGUCGACGCCGUCAUCCACUUCGCCGCUUAUGCCCGCAACCUCCUCGUCCCGGACAACGAGACUUUCGCGGCCAACACGGCGUCCACCUACAACGUCAUCGAGGCGGCGUCCAAGCUGGGCAUUAAGAAGGUCAUCAUCGCCUCGUCGGAGACCGUCUACUCGGUCUGCUUCACUCAGGGGGACUCGGACUACUUUGAGUUCCCCCUGGAUGAGGAGCGGUACGACUGCAAUCCGGAGGACACCUACGCCUGCUCCAAGCUCUGCGGGGAGCGCGUCGCUCGGUCAUUCGCCCGUCGGUUCAAGUCGGACAUCUACGUCUUCCGGAUCGGGAACGUCGUCGAGCCGCACGAGUACGAGCGGGAUUUCCCCAAGUACAUUGAUGACCCGUCGUCUCGGAAGCGGAACGCGUGGAGCUAUAUCGACGCGCGGGACCUCGGGCAGAUGUGCGAUCUGGCGGUCAAGAAGGAUGGGCUGGGGUAUCAGGUGUUCAACGCGACGAAUGACACCAUCACACUGCCCAAUACGACCACGGCGGAGUAUUUGAAGAAGGAGUGUGGGAACGUCAAGGUGUGGAGGGAGUUGGGGGAGAGGGAGGCGCCGCUGAGCAACAAGAAGAUCAAGGAGGUGCUGGGGUUCAAGGAGGAGCAUGAUUGGCGGAAGUACGUGCCGGAGAAGUACCGCUAG